UUUUGUGUCACGUGAUAUAUGCGCCAUUGCUAGAUUUCGACAGACGGAAUUUCUAAGAAGGGGUGGACAAUCGUACACCAUCUACGUAUCUGGAUAGUUAAUCCGGAUUAGGACAGAUUAUCUUGACAUCUAGGAAAGAUGUGGAAAAUUAGGGAGAUCACAGAUAAAGUCACCAAUGUGGUGAUGAAUUAUACAGAGGUGGAGACAAAAGUAAGAGAAGCCACAAAUGAUGAUGCCUGGGGGCCACAUGGUCAAAUUAUGCAGGAAAUUGCCAGAUACACAUUUACAUAUGAGCACUUUCCUGAGGUGAUGGGUAUGUUGUGGAAACGCAUGCUUCAUGACAACAAAAAGAACUGGAGGAGAACUUAUAAGUCCCUACUUUUAUUGUCAUACCUGGUCAGAAAUGGGUCAGAGAGGUGUGUAACGAGUUGUAGAGAGCACCUGUAUGACUUGCGCGGAUUGGAAAGUUACACAUUCACAGAUGAAAUGGGAAAAGACCAAGGUUUAAAUGUAAGGCAGAAAGCCAGAGAACUCGUAGAAUUUAUUCAAGAUGAUGAAAGAUUACGAGAAGAACGAAAGAAAGCCAAGAAGAAUCGAGACAAGUACAUUGGAAUGUCUGGUGAUAGUUAUUCAUCAGGCAGCAGAUACAGUGACCGGUAUGAUGAGGAUCCUGUAUCAUCAUCAGGAUCAGGGGGUAGAUCUAAAUAUAAACUAGACGAAAUUGACGACUGGGAUUCCGGCAACAAGUCAAUAGCAACAGAAGCAGUUGACAAGGUCAAAGGUCUAUGGAACAAAGUUCAAGGUCGAAGGGGUCCAGAAGAUAUAGUUGACUACAGCUCAAACCGUGCCCCAGGCAGAAAGAACAGUUUGACUGAUUUUAGGUACUCUAAGCCAACAAGUGAUGAACCAGACAACAAAGUAGAUGAUUUUGAUGAUGCCCCGAAUUCCAAAUAUUCCUAUAAAGAUGACGAUGAAGAAUUCACCUCAGUAGAACGAACACAUACAACCAGAACGGAAAAAAUAACAACGAAUCGACGAACAAGAUCUGUAGGAAAAAAAUUAGAUUUAGGGGCAUCUUCUAAUUUAGCUAAAGAAGUGUCAGAUACAACGUCCCAGUCCAGUAGUACCGGUGUCAGAGAAGACUUUGGUCCCAGUUUGAUAGAUAUGGGAAGUACGAAGACGGCAGAGGAUGGCUUCUCAGAUUUUGCUGAUUUUAAAUCGGCAGCAGCAAAUGGGGAAUUCAACCCAAGAGCUGGUACAACAGCUGUUUCUCCAAACAAAGAAUCUUUUGGGGACUUUGCAAGCUUUGAUAACGGUCCUAACAAUGCAAAACCAGCUGGAAAUGACAGCUUUGCAGACUUUUCUCAAUUCAACUCAGCUGCAACAAGCCCUUCGAAUUCAGCAUCAACGAGUAAUGACUUGCUGGAUGUGUUUGGAAACAGUUCAAUGUCAGCCCCUAUGCCAACCAGUGGUCCAGGUGUGGGCAAUCCAAUGAUGGGCAACAUGCAGCCCAUGAACAACGUGCCCAUGUCAGGAAUGAAUCAGCCCAUGAUGGGGGUUAACAUGAAUGUGGGAAUGACUGGUGUGCCAAAUCAGAUGGGAAUGAACCCACAGAUGAUGGGUAUGACCCCACAGUCUCAAGGUCAAAUGACGGGAAUGUCCCCCAACAUGAUGUCACAAGGCAUGAUGGCACCCAUGUCAAUGCCACAACAGCAGCCUAUGAUGAUGCAGCCAGGAAUGCCACAGAACAUGGGAUUUACAGCCAACUUCCCAAUGCAAAACUCUGGAAUGGUUGCAGAGGAAACAGAAAUAACUAGCAUUACUACGUCUGCAUCUGAGACCAAGCAGAAGAGUUCCAACACCUGGACAGAUUCAGGAAAAGUGAACAUUGAUCUGGAUGGGCUCUCAUCUCCCAAUAAGUACCAGAAACACGCACAACCGUCCAUGAACCAACUCCAGCAGCGCACUAGUCAAGGAGUUCCAUAUAACACUUGGAGCCCUGAAAUGUAUCAGCUGGGGUACACCACUGAAUAUGGAAUGGUGGGAAACCAGCCAGGAAUGGCAGGGUUACAACAGGGAAUGCAAAACAUGUCCGUGAACCAGGGCAACAUGAUGGGACAGCCAAUGAUGGGGCAGCCUAGACAAAUGGUGGGACAAAUGGGAAUGUCGGUUGGUAUGCAGGGAAGCAUGGGAAUGCAGACAGGGAUGGGGACUAUGCCGAGUGGAUCUAUGGGAAUGCAAAGUAAAAUGAUGGGACAAAGUCAGUUUCAGCAAAGAACUGAUGCCGCAUUUAGCUCAUUUGGUAACUUUGGCAAAAAAUAAAGAGGAAAAAGGAAGGGGCAUUUUAUCCGUUCGAUUCUUGGACAGCGAGACAGAAAUCUCCAACAUUCUAAAAAUUGGAACAGUCUGGAGACGUGUGAACAAUGAAGAACUUUCCAUUUCUUGUUUGUUUUCAGCAGUGCUGACAUUACUCUGAACAUGCUUAUUUUUCUAUGAAAUAGAGGUUUGUUUAAAUUUCUGUCAAGAAAUUGAAGAAUGGUAUGAAAUAAGUAAAUUGUAAUUUAAGUAAACAUUCUGAAUUCUUUUUAAUAUAUAAGUUGGUCAUAUGUGCAAUAUUUUUGUACUUGAAAUCGGGUCAAAAACUGGAGAUUGAUAUUUAAUUGAAAGCAAAAAUCAUUCACUUAUUAUUAAACUCAAAACUUUAAAGGUCAGAACUCCAUCCCACAGUAGAUGUGAUUAACAACAUGUAUAUUCAACACCUUCAUUCUUAAUAAUAGCUUUGUAUUUAGGAAAUCCAGUACAGGCCAGUAAUGUUCUUUAUAUUACAAAACCGCUCUCAAACUGCAAAGAAAAAAAAUUCCUAAAAUUUUCAUCUGGUUGUGAGAAGAUCUAUUGUCAUGAUUUUUUUUUUCUGAGAUCUGCAUAAAUUGUCAAUUUUCUCUUAUCCUUCUCUGUUCUUUGAUUGUAACACUGUGUAUCUUCCCAUAGAUACAUGUACUACAUAUAUUUAAGUAUUCAAAAAAUGUAAUUACUGAUCAUGUAAUUUAAUUUUUUUAAAAACAAUAUUCCAGAUUGUCAUAUAAAUUUGAAAAUGAUCUGUAUUCAGAUUUUGAUUGUUUAUGAACACUUUUCCAAAUUGUCUCCCCAUUUCACAGUGAAAUAUUUUGCCUUAAUUAAGAAAUUCAUGAGGAGUUACCUCACCAUUAUCCAUAAAAAAUUCUUCAAAAGAAAAUACAUCAGAUAUAUCGCAAGGAGAACAUAUCAUGAUGUUGAACAAGGAGAUGUAUUGUGAUAGGCUUCUGCAACAUUCCACUGUAGCUAGUUGUAUUGAAAACCUUGCUCAGAUCAACUGCUAGUGUACUUACAGCAGCAUUUGCUUCAUGGGAAAGAUCUAACUUUUGUAAAUACAAUCAUUUUGCUGAAACAAAAAAAAAAUCAUUGCAUUAUUAUGUUUGACAUCAUAUAAGUGCUAUGAGUGAAUUAAUGAAGUUGAUGUGGGUUUAAAGUCAUACUUCAAUGUACUAGCAUGCAUUAUCACAUGGGUCCAACUACGGUACUACAAAUUUCAGACAUGUGAAAGUGGUUUGUGAACAUGAGGUAUCUGUAGGUUGAUGUUAUCUAGAAAGAAUUGAAUUAAAUAUUAUAAAUAAAAUUUGUAAUGAUAUACAAAUGUAGCUUUGAAGAAAAUCUUUUAGUGAAUAUUUACUUAAGAAAAGCGUAAAGCUGUAUCUUAAGAUACAUGUAUUAGCAUAAUUGUCAUACUUUAUCAUUGAAAGCUUGGGUUUUUUGAUUUUUAUAAAUCUUCAAACUUGGGUAAUGAUUUUAUUUCUUAAAAUAUUUAAUGUAUAUUUAAAUUACUCAUUUAUAUUGUUGAUUGUUGAUGUGUGUGAUUCUGAUUUAAAUAAAAUAUAAUUUUUAAACAUAACUUGUUACAUACUGAUAUUUACUUGUAUGACUGUAUUGUAUAUUGUGUUUUAUGUGAAAAGCAUGAAUGGAUUUGUAUAUACUGUUGUAUACAAGACGCAGUAUUAUAAUAAAGGAGUAAAAAAUGUC